AAGCUGUUUUACCAUUUAGGUAUGGGGAGUUACAGGGUCUUAAUAAGGAGGAAACAGCAAAAGAUAAGGAAAGGAGAAAGUCCAUGAGUGGCGACGAAGUUAUGAUAUUCCUCCAGCCAAUGGUGAGAGCUUGGAAAUGUGUUCUCAAAGAGCUGUUGCCUAUUUUAGAAAACAUAUUGAACCUCAACUUCAAUCAGGAAAGCAUGUCAUGGUUGCUGCGCAUGGGAAUUCAUUGAGGUCUAUCAUCAGGUAUCUUGACGAAUUAACUACACAGGAGGUCAUCACCUUAGAAUUGUCAACUGGGAUUCCCAGUUAUACAUAUACGAAGAUGGGAAAUUUAUGAAAAGGGGAAGUCCAGUAGGACCUACUGAGUCUGGCGUUUACGCUUAUACUGAGGUAUGUAGUCUGCCUUUGUCAUCCUUAUUGAGCCCACUGGUGUUGAUCCCUCAAAUAGGAAUAGGAUGUCUAGUAUUGGAUUAUUUUAACUUGGUAUUUCCAUUGGUGUGAAAGAAGGUAAUAAAAGAAAUCUUGAGAUUGUGCUUUAGGGUUUGGUGUGCAAAUGAGUGAGUUCACUAGUUGACCCUAUGAUUGCUAAGUUUUUGUUUUGUUGCUUUGUGCAGUACCAAUUUAGCAAGCAACACCCACCAUUUGGCUGGUAAUGAAACUUGUGAUGUUGCUUAUUUAACUUGAUGGACUGUGGUGCAUUAGAUUAGUGUUUUAUCAUGAAUUAUGUGGGUUAGUCAGCCCUUUCUAUGGGUUUAUUCUAUUUGGACUGGAUUAGACUUGUCUUACGAUCCUAACUGUUCCAAACUAUUCAUCUUUGCAUUAUUGAACACAAAGUUGUAAAGAGCCCCAGGAAAAACUAAAUUGAAACUGAACUGAAAUACUUAAUUACUUUGUUUUCCUGUUUCCACUUAAUUCUUCCCCACAGAUUUUGCAAUUUAAGAAUUAAAGAUCAUACUGACAC